UCCCGGCCGGCGGCGCGCGGUGCGCCCGGCGACAGCAGCCUGCUGGCGGCGGGGCGUGAGAUAUAAUAAUCUGGUUUUGGAGGAUCUAACGAGCACAACGAGUUUAUUAUUUAUUCACAUUGACGUUAAACCAGUUUGACUUAGGGUUCAAAUUCAUAACUUAUAUUUUAAUUAAACUUUAACGUUGAACUAUAGAGCGUAUUCACGUGACGUCACCAUCUCAAUCGCGCCAUCUUGGGGUCCACUUAUUAAAUGUCAGAAGAAGUUGACCUCCUAUCGUGUCCGCUGUUUGAUUCUGCGAGAGCCCAGCAACCUCAGGUCCUUCUGCAUUACCAAAGAAAGAUUUCAGCGGUUGGAAUUGAAUAUUUGCAACGCUUUUUUACCUGAUUUUACUCGCUUAACACUUUGUGGUUAAUUCGCUCGUUACCCCUAGUUACCAGCACAUAGCCCGGUCACAUUCCUGAAAAACAAUUUUCAUUUCCGCGAUCGAUCGGACAUUAACAACUAUUUCUGCGUUAUACUUGCUGUGGAAAUACCACAAAUGUGGGAACAUCGAGCGCCCCGUGUCUGGGUUCAUAUAUGACCCGUAGUCACAGCUCCGCCUCCAGGACGAGUGUCUGAUGAAGCCGCUUCCAGCUCCUUCAGGACCAGCAGUGACUGUUUGGCUGGCCGUGCUGUUGCCAUGGAGACAGUGUUUUAUUUUACCUUGAAAUGAAUCACAGAGUAAAGGCAGACAUCGCCCGACGGAGUUGCCAUGUUCAUGGCUUCCUCCCAAGUUUCCAUUCACAGUUCCUUUUGCGCAAGUGAAACAUUGAUUUUCGCUCGGCGAAAAAAGCAAAAAGAGAUUAUUGACGAGAGUCAAUGGAAACGUGCCCACAACCCGAUGUGUCAACAGAAACACAUGAGAACAGUCCUGACGCUCAGACGCCGAGUGAAGCCGAAGGAGAUGCAUGACAAGUUGAAGUAACAGCCUCUUGUUGAGCUGAUAAACCCAUAUUCUGAAUCAUUAGUCCCACAUCAACAGUGAGGCACAGAACCAUGAUCACAAGGCACGCCGCUUUGAACUGACAUGGCGUCUCCUUCAGGAUAUGAUGGUCAUUUCUAAAGAAGAGCGGCAUCAAAUAAAGCAAAACAAUGCCGUCAUGGACUCAACAUGGCCGCCAAAGGUUGUUGUGGUCACACUGACUUCAGAUCAGAAGAUGAGUGGUUAUGAGGAGGAAGAGGAGGACAGAGCAGAGCCUCUGUCCAUGAAGAGUGAUGCAUUCAGAGGUCAUCCUCCUCUGACCUUCAGCCAUGGGCCUGGACCCUCAGACUCAAGACUGAUUUCAGAUCAGAAGAUGAGUGGUUAUGAGGAGGAAGAGGAGACCAGAGCAGAGUCUCUGGUCUCCGGCUGUCUGUCCAUGAAGAGUGAUCGGUCCAUAGAGUCCCCUCCAGACCUCAAUCCUGGACCUGGACCCUCAGACUCAAGAGUUGGGUCCAGAUCAGAGUCUCCAGGAUCCAUCUGCCAGUCCAUGAAGACUUAUCGGUCUAAAGAGCCUCCUCCAGACCUCAGUCCUGGACCUGGACCCUCAGACUCAAGAGUUGGGUCCAGAUCAGAGUCUCCAGGAUCCAUCUGCCAGUCCAUGAAGACUUAUCGGUCUAAAGAGCCUCCUCCAGACCUCAGUCCUGGACCUGGACCCUCAGACUCAAGAGUUGCGUCCAGAUCAGAGUCUCCAGGAUCCAUCUGCCAGUCCAUGAAGACUUAUCGGUCUAAAGAGCCUCCUCCAGACCUCAGUCCUGGACCUGGACCCUCAGACUCAAGAGAGAGGAAGAGGAGUCAUAUUGCUGAGGAGGAGCGGAUGACCAGAACCAGAGCUGGACUGCAGACCGCCAGUGAGAGCAGCGCUGUACAGACAGGUCCUGGUCUACAGGAGGUUUUAGUUAAACACAAGAUCAGUCUGAAGGAGAGAUGUGAACGUGUUUCUGAAGGAAGCGGUGAAACAGGAAGUAGAACCCUCAACCGCAUCUACACGGAGCUCUACAUCACAGAGGGGCGGAGUGAAGAGGUGAACACCCAGCAUGAGGUGAGGCAGCUUGAGGCGGCUUCCGUGAAGAAGACCUUCCACGACGCUCCCAUCAAGUGCCACGACAUCUUCAAAGCCUCCGCUGACCAGCCGGGACGCAUCCGAGUGGUUCUGACCAACGGCGUCGCUGGCGUUGGGAAAACCUUCUCGGUGCAGAAGUUCACUCUGGACUGGGCCGAGGGGUUGCAGAACCAGGAUGUGGGUCUGGUGGUGGUGCUUUCGUUCAGGGAGCUGAACCUGCUCAGAGACGAGCGGUGCAGUCUCCUCGCGCUGCUCCACCUGUUCCAUCCAGCACUCCAGGAGGUCAUCUUUGACGGUCUGGAUGAAAGCAGACUGGCUUUGGACUUCAUCAACAAUGAGGUCGUGUGUGACGUCAGCCAGAAGGCAUCGGUCAACGUGCUGCUGACCAACCUCAUCGAGGGGAAUCUGCUUCCCUCGGCUCUCGUCUGGAUAACUUCCAGACCUGCAGCGGCCAAUCAGAUCCCUCCUACUCUGGUUGACCGGCUGACAGAAGUCCGAGGCUUCACCGACUCCCAGAAAGACGAGUACUUCAGGAGGAGGUUCAGUGAAGAUGAAGAGCGGUGCAGCACCAUCAUCUCACACAUCAAGACCUCCAGGAGCCUCCACAUCAUGUGUCUCAUCCCAGUCUUCUGCUGGAUCACUGCUACAGUUCUGGACCACAUGUGGACUGCAGGCCAGCGAGGAGAGCUGCCCAAGACCCUCACCGACAUGUACUCACACUUCCUGCUGGUCCAGACAAAGAGGAAGAAGCAGAAGUACCACGAGGGACAUGAGACGAGUCCUCGGGAGCUGAUGGAGGCUGAAGGGGAAGUUCUUCUGAAGCUGGGGAGGCUGGCGUUUGAACAUCUGGAGAAAGGGAACCUCAUGUUCUACCAAGAAGACCUGGAGCAGUGUGGUCUGGAUGUCUCGGAGGCCUCGGUGUUCUCAGGAGUCUGUACAGAGAUCUUCAGAACAGAGAGUGUGAUCUUAAAGAAAACGGUCUACUGCUUUGUUCACCUGAGUGUUCAAGAGUUCUUGGCUGCCGUCUACAUGUUCCACUGUUUCACACACAGAGAGAUGAAGGUGCUGGAGGACGUCAUGGGGGAAGACCACAUUGAUUCAUCUCUGGAGGUCUUCCUGAGGAGAGCCAUGGAGAAAUCCCUCCAAAGUCAAAAUGGCCACCUGGACCUGUUAGUCCGCUUCCUUCAUGGCCUCUCUCUGGAGGCCAACCAGAGAGUCUUAGGAGGCCUGCUGGGUCAGACAGACAGCAGUCCAGAAACCAUCCAGAGAGCCAUCAACAACCUAAAGAAGAUGAAAAGUGAUGUCAUCUCUCCUGACAGAAGCAUCAACAUCUUCCACUGUCUGAUGGAGAUGAAGGACCUCUCAGUGCACCAGGAGAUCCAGGAGUUCCUGAAAUCAGGGAGUAAGUCAGAUGAGGAACUCUCCGGGAUCCAUAUCAGGGUCUCACAUCACUGCAUCGGGAUGACAUCGUCAUGUUGAGCUACACAUUUAAACCUCAACACAUCUGGUUGUUAUGAAUAGAUUAUAACUUUCAUCUUUUAUUCUUUAUUCAGCUUACGGGGUGCCAGUUUGUCAGAGACCAGCUGUUCCUAUCUGGCCUCAGCUAUGAAGUCCAACCCCUCCAGUCUGAGAGAACUGGAUCUGAGUAUCAACGAGCUGAAGGAUUCAGGAGUGAAGCUGCUGUCUGCUGGACUGGAGAGUCCUCACUGUAGGCUGGAGACUCUGAGGUUGAUGAGCUGCAGAAUGACAGAGACCAGCUGUUCUUAUCUGGCCUCGGCUCUGAAGUCCAACUCCUCCAGUCUGAGAGAACUGGUUCUGAAUGUAAACACCCUGCAGGAUUCAGGAGUGAAGCUGCUGUCUGCUGGACUGGAGAGUCCUCACUGUAGACUGGAGGUUCUGUGGUUAAGGAACUGCAUGUUGUCAGAGACCAGCUGUUCUUAUCUGGCCUCAGCUCUGAGGUCCAACCCCUCCAGUCUGAGAGAACUGAAUCUGAGUGGAAAUAACCUGAAGGAUUCAGGAGUGAAGCUGCUGUCUGCUGGACUGGAGAGUCCUCACUGUAGACUGGAGACUCUGUGGUUAAGGAACUGCAGGUUGUCAGAGACCAGCUGUUCUUAUCUGGCCUCAGCUCUGAGGUCCAACCCCUCCAGUCUGAGAGAACUGAAUCUCAGUGGAAAUAACCUGAAGGAUUCAGAUGUGAAGCUGCUGUCUGCUAGACUGGAGAAUCCCGACUGUAGACUGGAGACUCUGAGAUCCAGUAUUUCCUGUAGACCUGCCGGCAGUCGGCUCAAAGAGAUCUGCUGAUCUUCAGCAUGUCUCAGCCUUGUAAGUUUAAAGUCCAGCCCCCUUCAUCCUCCUCCUGGCCAUCCAUUGGACAAUACCUCGUGUUGGUCCUCAUCACUCUCCAUGUUGGGUCUGGUAAAGCUAGUUUCCUCACAACAUCAUGUCCAGAGACAGAAGUCCUCUUCAGUCUGAUCUCUCUCAUUGGAUGUUUCUCAGCAGAUGAGACGUUCACAUGUCACUGAGACUGUGGUUUCUAUCAGCAGUGAAUCCAUCACUACAGUGAGCAGUGAACGCCUCUCUGCUCCUGCAGUCAUGAUGCGUUCAGGGCCCUCAGCCCUUUGUCCACUGUGUACUGAGUGAAGCUGCGGAGGAACAGACCUGAUGUCCAGAGGGUUCCCUCAAGACCUUCAGAUGAGAGCUGAAAGGACUGAAGGCUGUUGGUGCUGAUGCUGCUUCUCUUCUCCUCAGAUGGAAGUGAGUCCACCAUCAUCUCUGCUGCUCCGGAUCAGAGGAUCCUCAGUGGCUCUGGCUCCAGCGUUGAGUAUCACUGGCUCAAUUCAGUUCAGUUUAUUUGUAGAGCCCAUUUUCACAAAUUAUAAAUUCCCCUCAGAGUGCUUUACAAUCUGUACACAUAGACAUCCCUGACCUUUGACCUCUGACCUCACAUCGGACCAGCAACAACUCCCAAACAACCCUUUAGGUGAGAGAAGGUCAGACCCCUUGAGGAGAGAACAGAGGAGGAUCCCUCUCCAGGAUGGACAGGUGUCAUAGAUGUCAUGUGACCAGAAGGAAUCAUUACACACUAAUUAAAACACAGGAACAACACAAUGAAUAUGACAGAGUGGAUGAAGAGUUGGUAGUCGGCAUAUUCCACCAUCCAGACCUCCACCAUCCAUCAGAUGGAGGUAGAGAGGAGGAGUGGGCGGAGUCUCAGCAGUGGGCGGAGUCUCAGCAGGGCCAUGGCACAGGGGACAUUUACUUUAUUUCAGAUGAAUGCCAGUCGAGCUUCUUCCCUCACAAACCAGUUGAGUCGUUAUCAACACGAUCGUGUUCUGGCUCCUCGUGAUGAAGUUUAGUUUGAGUGUCAGAGAAAAUACGUACUCACAUGUUUUAUAUCUUUAUGUAUUUUACAUUCACGGCUUUUUUGCUCCUGUAACAAUAAAGUUGAUGUCAAAUUAA